UAUUUUAGUAUUUUUUAUAAUUAUAUAUGCUAUUUAAUACUGACAGUAAUUUCAGAACAGUAAUUUAAUUAUUUACAUGUCUUUUUCGGUGGGAAUUGACAUUGGAACAACUUCAAUAAAAGUGUGUAUUCUUAAAAACUGUGAUGUUAUAGAAUCAUUUUCAGCAUCUCAUAAUGCUACAGUCUCAACAUCUUCUCGCUUAUUUCAUGAGCAAAGUCCAGAACUUAUUCUGCAAAUGCUUGAUCAUUGCUUAAAUCAACUAAAACAUAUAAAAGAAGUUGACAAAAUUUGUAUUACUGGACAAAUGCAUGGUUUAUUGCUGUGGGAGCAAAAACAAAGUCAAAAUACAAGCAACAACUCUUUGAUAUCCUUGUAUAAAAACACUGUUUUUGCAAAUACAAAUCUUAUAACAUGGCAGGAUCAACGUUGUGAUGAAGUAUUUUUAAAAAGUUUAAGUUGUCCAAAUAUAUCUUCUGGCUUUGGUCUUGCGUCUAUGUUGUGGCUGCAAAGAGAAACACCAAACAUUUUUAAUUCGUAUCAUAUGUGUGGAACAAUUAUGGAUUUUGUGGUUUGGCUACUCACUCUAAAAAAGAAGCCAUACAUGAGUGUUCAUAAUGCUAACAGCUGGGGUUAUUUUGAUUUGUUAAAAAACUGUUGGAUGAUAAAUGAGCUACAGCUGGACUUAUUUGAUUGUUCAAUUCUUCCUGAUGUUGUACCAGCAGGAACUAUUCUGGGUAAUAUAUGCUAUCCAGUGUAUGGAAUGAGUUGUUCUUCCGUAGUUUAUGUAGCACUUGGAGAUCAUCAAUGUUCUAUUCGCGCAUGCUCAGCACAAUUAUCAGAGGCAGUUUUAAAUAUGGGGACAUCUUGUCAGCUUUCAAUACGUGUUCCUUAUAAUCAAGACUCUAUGACGUCAGUAUUGGAUAUUAAAUCGAAUAGUCCAACAAUAGCAAUCACUCCUUACGAUAAGAAUUUCGUUUUGCUUACAGCUGCUUCUUUAAACGGUGGUAACGUUUUUGACCAAUUUGUUUCUACUUUUUUGUCAUGGUGUCAAAUAAUAGGUUGUUCAAAUAUCCCAUCUAACGAAGAACUAAUGGACAAACUUUUAUCGAUAUCUCCAUUUGAAGACAUUCGAUUUAUUGAAGAUUCUCUAAUUAUAACUCCAACUAUUUAUGGUGAAAGACACGAUCCUAGUGCGCGAGCAAGCAUUUCCAAUAUAUCACCUUCAAAUUUAACUUUAUCUGGUAUUACGCAAGCGUUGUUUGAAGGUUUAUCAAAAAAUCUUCUAGCUAUGCUUCCACUUAAUUGCUUGAAAAAGUAUGGUAUUACUCAAAUUGCAGGAACUGGUCGCUGUUUUGUACAAUGCUCUAGAUUGCGAGAAGCUAUUUCAAAAGAUUUUGAGGUUCCGUGGAGAUUAGUAGAUAAAUCAAGAGACGCUUCUUUAGGAGCCAUUUUGUUUUCACUCGACAUGGAUUAAAAAACAUUUUUAAAAUAUAAUUUUUAUUGCUUCUUUUUUUUUUAAAUCAUAAUAUUUUUAUUGUUAAGUUAAAUUUUUAGAACAUGAAUUUUUUUUU